UAAGAUGGGUGUUUAGCUCUCCGUGUUUGUGACAUUCCUGCAUUUGACUUUUAAAAUAGCUGCAUAACGGCAAAACACCGGUUACAAUGGAACCUCAAGAUAUUUAUUACAACAGGAAUGAAUACGUCGAGACUGCUUCGGGAAACAAAGUUAGCCGACAGACGGUGUUGUGCGGCUCACAAAAUAUCGUUUUGCAUGGCAAAGUGAUCGUACAGUCGGAUGCCAUUAUCAGAGGUGACUUGGCGAACGUUAAAACCGGACGUUAUUGCAUUAUCGGCAAAAACGUCGUCAUACGUCCACCUUUCAAAAGAUUCAAUAGAGGGAUAGCCUUUUUUCCACUACAAAUGGGAGAUCACGUUUAUGUAGGGGAACGUUCGAUCAUCAGUGCAGCAGUUAUUGGUUCUUAUGUUUACAUAGGCAAAAACGUCGUCAUUGGAAGACGUAGCGUUUUGAAGAGUUGUUGCUACAUCGAAGACAACACUGUAAUUCCCCCAGAAACAGUUGUACCCUGUUUCACGAGAUUUGGUGGUAAUCCAGGCAAAUGCAUUGAAGAGCUCCCAGAGUGUACUUUGGAUCUGAUGCUGGACUUUACAAAGAACUAUUACCAGCACUUUUUGCCAGCCAGUCAUGGAUCUUAACAGGGUUUCAUGUGCAUUUAGGAGUAUUUAUUGUGACUGAAUGAAAGAUACGGCGAGAAUGACAGAAAAGAAUGAAUUGAAUUUUAUUG